CUCUGUAUUUGAGAUCUUACACUGAAUUACUCAUCGUAGAUUUUGCAGCGAUGGCGAGCUUGAACAAGAAGCAAGAUGGGCCAGCCCUAGGAGCAAAAGCAAAAAGACGGCCUGCUGUGUCUUCACUUGAGUAUGUUGGGUUGGUCGCAUUUUUCGUCCUCCCAUUCUUCCUACAAGCCAUCUGGUCAGGUCAAAUCCAACAAUGGAUCUCUCCGUUACUACGAACCAAAAUCUCCGCUCCCUCUCAAAACGCAACUGAAGACAUCGACCCAUCAUCGCCUUCCCUCCUCGAAGCCUGCCACACCCACACAUACAACACCGAGAUCGUCUCCCUUGAUCCCCUCCUAAUCUACAUCAACAACUUCACCAGCUCCGCCGAAGCAGAAGCCCUCAUAAAACUCGGUGCCCCAGAAUUCGUCGACUCGUACAUCGCCCGCUCUAACGGCGCCAACCAAAAAGUCUCAGGCCGAACCUCACAAUCCGCACCCCUCGAUGACGACCACCCCCUCGUAGCAUGCAUCCUCGCGCGUGCGCGCCGCUUCCUAGGCUCCAUGUUGCUCCCCUCCGAGCCCUUUAGCCUCCCGCAGCUUGUCCGCUACCACGCGUCCCAGCGCUACGAUCUCCACACCGACUUCUGGCCCACGCACCAACUCAUGAAAGACGGCAGCGGAAGGCGAUAUAAUCGACCCGCGAGCUUUUUUGUCUUCCUGCGCGCGAAUUGCACCGGAGGUGAGACAUGGUUUCCGAACGUCGAUGUUUUGGACGGAGAUGGUGAUAGGAGUGAGAGUGUGGAGGGGCUGUUUGGCGGGAAGAUUGGGAAGGCGACGGAGAGAGGCAAGGAGAAGGGAGUUGUGUUUAUGCCUAUCGUGGGGAAUGCCCUGUUUUGGGUUAAUAUUGAUGGGAAAGGGAAGGGGGAUCGGAGGAUGUUGCAUUCGGGGUUACCCGUGGGUGAGGGGGAGAAGAUUGGGAUGAAUUUGUGGCCGAGGAAGUUUUAUUAGGGGCGGAGCGGUGAUUGUAUGAGAUAACUUGGGUUGAUAGGAGGGAUUUCGUAGACAUAAUGCGAGGUGUUGAGGUUUGGAUUAGGUUGUCUUCUUCUGCGGGGUGCUUCAUUUCAUAUUUCGUACUGACCUGAUUUACAUCAAUAUACUGUCUUUUAUC